AGAUGGCGACAAACCGGAAAAAGUAUCACAUGCUGCCUUCUGAAAACACAACUCGGGCAGUGAGUGAGGUCUGACUCUGCAGAAAUAACGACACUGUUGCUGAUCAUUUUGGUGUGAUAUUAUCAAGCGUUUGGCAGAAUGGGUAUCAGUUCAGAGUGUUUCUGCAUGGCCAGAGAAACGUGGAGAGAUUAAAAAGAUGAUGGAGAUGGCAGCAAAGGAUAUUGAGAAACUUGGCGGAACGGUGGAGCUGGUUGACAUUGGCAAACAGGAGUUGGCGGACGGUCAGGAGAUCCCACUUCCUCCCAUUAUUCUGGGUCGCCUCGGCUCAGACCCUGGCAAGAAGACUGUGUGCAUCUAUGGUCACCUCGACGUCCAGCCUGCAAACAUUGACGAUGGCUGGGACACCGAGCCUUUCAAGCUGGUGGAGAAGGAUGGGAAGCUGUAUGGAAGAGGCUCCACAGAUGACAAGGGACCUGUCCUGGCCUGGUUCAACUGCAUUGAGGCCUACCAGAAGACCAAGCAAACGCAGCUGGGGUUAAAGCAACCACGGACACCAUUCUUCACUUUGCAGAUUUCGUCGCUCUUGCAGUGGAUGCUUUCUCGCUUCACAACACCAGCAGACUGGCAGGUUUUGAAGUUAAGGAGUCACGUUUCUCCAAGACUGCUGUACUCAAUUGUAGCUGAAGGAGCUGCAGUUGCCACUGGAGGUCAGGAGCAGGAGAGGCCACUGUCACUGUCUGCCUCUAUUCCAUUCGAGGAGAACUGGAUGAAGCCUGGUCGGUCUAGGCGGAUGUGGGACUGGAUCCAAGCCUGGUAUUGAGACACCCGGGUGUACAGUACACGCCAGGAUAAUUGGGGCGAGCACAGCCGUAGCCAAAACUGACAAUCCCAGACUGGAUCCAUAUAGAGUCCUGUUGGCUGACCAUUAGACCACCCGAGUCUCCCUGGAUUGAAGAAUGCAGACCACAGCAUAAUAAUCAAACAAAGAGGGUAUUCAUUUAAUUUAAUUCAUUUAAUUAAUGAAAAUGCAUAAGAUUCUUUACACAAUUGCACAAUCAUGACACUGAACUAAUAGGAAAUCAGAAUUUAAUCUCUCUCUUUACAACCAAUGAUCUGCAUUAUUAUUAUUAGGAAUUCAGAUUUGUUUGUAGUAAGGUUCAUGUUGGGCUUUACAUCACCUGACACGCGUCUUUGCCUCCUUCUUUUACACCUGCACAGAUCAUUUUAUCAGUGACUAAGCGAGCUCCGUAGACGCACUGACACUGUCUGUUCCCAGACACCUCAACUUCCUGCAGGGUCCCAGGAUUUGGAAGGCUCUCUAAGAGUGGCCAGAUAAAAAGAAGACACAAAUACUUUACUCUUCUUCAUCAUAGAUAUCUGCGUGAAUUUUGCAUACCAAACCCAAAAUUGAUGCACUCUUCCACUUUUCAUAAGACACAUAAACAACCAAAUAAAGAAUAUAUUUUUUGGACCCACACAUAUAUAUUUUUUUAUAUUAAAACAGUUUAUGUACACUGCCAUUCAAAAGUGUGGAGUCACUUAGAAAAUGUCCUUGUUUUCAUCAUUAAUGUUGUAAAUUAUUGUUGUAGAAAGAAAUGGCUGAUCUUUAAUGCAAUAUCUACAUUGCCCAUUAUCAGCAACCAUUCAUCCAAUGUUCCAAAGGCACAUUCUAUUUACUAAUCUGAUAUCAUUUUUAAAAGACUAAUUGAGAAAACAUUAGAGAACCCUUUUGCAAUUAUGUAAGCACAUAAUGUAAUCUGAAAACUGUUGCCCUGAUUAAAAAACAAUGCAACUGAUCUCAGCUAGUAUUCUGCCUAUAAUGGAGUGGAAUGGACAUUUCUAAGUGACCCCAAACUUUUGAUCGGCAGUGUACAUAUCUGUUUUAACAUAAACAUAAUAUAAUAUAUAUAUAUAUAUAUAGGUCCAAAAAAUAUAUUCUUUAUUUUUCUGUUGAAGACUUGUUGCAUACCUCGUUCACUUAUCUUUCCCCAGCCAGUGACCCAGCUCGGAGUACCAUUAGGGAAAACACUCUCACUGGCAGGCAGACAGACAGGCCUUAUGUAGUCACUGAAACGAACCGGAGAGCUAAGACGAAGCAGGGCAAUGUCGUUGUGAACUCCACUGGAUUUAUAGCCUGGAUGCUUGAUAGCCUUCCUCACUCCCCUUGUUACUCGUUUGGGAUUGCGGGUGUCCAGGUCUUGAAGACCAAGGACCACAGUUAACCUUGACAGACUGUUUGAACC